AUAGAGGAACUCAUACAAGUUGUGAGGUUCAUCUUACUUCCUGUUAAGCAAGCAAGGCAAACGAAAUAGACCGCCCUUUGUUGAAUGAACUAGUUUUCAAGUGCCAUGUAAGCUUCAAAGUGUUCAGACUCGGCUUUCACAAUUAUUUUGACUCCAGGGACUCAUCUCAGAACAGCUGCAUGUAGCUCAGUUCAUGCCUGUUUUGAAACAAUAUGACAACAGAAGUGAAUGACUGGACAUACUCAAUCUUAAAGAAAUUGACACUUCAAGAACCACACAUUUACAUUGUGAGGUGACAUUCCAGUGCCUUAAAUCAUCCCACAAAGUUUUCAACUCAUUCAGAGUGGGACAGAAUGGAGGGUGCUCAUGACAAAAGAAGGUCACCGGCUGCAAAUUACGAGUAUAAAGUGGAGCAGCGUGCUGUGAAGCACAGAGAAAUCAGCCAUCGGAAUAACAUGACAUCAUGUCGCAGUCCCACGAGAGAUCUGGACACAAGGUGGAUUAAAACUGAAAUGCAUCGCAAAAGACAGUUUGAGUUCUUCAAAAGAAGACCAGUGGACCAUGGCACAUACACACUGUUAUCUGCAGUGCCAAGGCACAGAUACUCAAGAGAAACCCUGGAUGCACCAGAGCAUAUGACGCAAACCUUAACGUCAAUCAGACAGCCCUUGAUAACAAGUCGAAAUGUAAAGCUCCAGAGAGAUGCCAUUAACUUUACAAAGCAGACAGUCUCCACAGUUCCAAUGAAUGAUGAACAUGACCUGAAAUCAGACGAAUGGAAUGUACCAGUACUCAAUUCUGUUCGGCUUCAUGGGAAAAUUAAAAAGGAGCGAGUUCUGCUGAAAGAAAUCACUCAGCUCUCAAACACCCAGAAGACAUUGCAAACAGCCAGCAUUCAGACUGAGUCUGGAUUUGUUACCGUCAAAGAAGCAGAUGUACACCAGUUGGCUGACUAUUUAGAAGAGGCUUUACAAAGAGAAGAGGCUCUUAAAAAGAAACUCUCCAACCUCCAGAAAAGCGCCGCCACAUUACUGCACUCUACAGAGCUCCUGUGGAAGACACGCUGUGAUGAGGACUUGCUGAAGAGUAAGAUCAAAGCCCUGGAGGCUCAGCUGCAGGCUUGCAUCAAGGUUCCUCAGGAUGGAGUGAAAAAAGUGAUGCUAAAGAUGGAAAAACAGAGGGAGGAGUAUGAACAGAAGGCUGUGAAGGCUAUUCAGAGGGCAGAGAAUGAGAAGGCAGAAGCUCAGAGUAAGAUGGAGUACCUCCAGGGGGCUCUGGAGACAGCACAGGCAGAGUCUGAGUGGUGGCAGAGGCUGUGUGAGGAGCUGAAAGUGGGUUCGAGUCAGUUAAAGAAGAGGCAGGAUGAGUGCACCGAUCAGAUGUUACAGCUGCAGGGUCACUUGGAGCGUUCUGUGGAACAGGAGGAGAUGCUGAGGAAACAGAGUGAAUCUCUGCAGCAGGAGAGAGCAGAGCUUCAUUCCUGCAUCUCAGAGCUGGAGGAGGAGAACCUCAACCUGAAAGAACAUCUACAGGAACUCACAGGACACAACCAUGAUAGGUGGAACAGUAACGCAGAAGUAUAUGAAGAUGCUUCAGUGGACCAGCUCCUGAUGACAGAUAACAGCAUAGCCAGACAACUGAGCGAGACUGAACACAGACUCAGAAUGAAAGAAAAAAAGUGCAUGGAGCUGCAGGCGGAUCUUGAGGCCCUGGAGCAAGAGUGUUACAGCUAUCAGUCCCGAAUGACCCAAUGCAGAGAAGAACUGAACAUACUGAAGGCACGCAAGAACAACAGCAGGAGUCGAGGUUGUGGGUCCUGGCUCUGUAUAUUUCUGUUCUUACUGCUUCUGAUGGUCGUGUUGGUGGCAGCCCUGUGGUUUUAUCAUCCACCUGCCAGAGAGCAGCUCCGCCAGUUUUACUCUGUCCUGGAACAGCGUAUGGGGGACUACCUCAUCCAGAAAGCUUCAGCACAGCAUGGAGCCUGCUUUAGACCUGUGUGAUGAGAGCAAAGUGCAAAGCCAAGAGUCUUCUAGAGUUUUUUUUGUUUGUUUUGGUUUGUUUAUAUUUAUUUUUGUAAAAGAAUGUUUUUAUGGUUCUUUGUAUUAGUAUCUAAAACAGACCAAACUGAUGUGUAAAUACUAGUGUCAUGUUACAAAAUAUUAUAAUGAAUUUCUAGUGUUUAUACCUAAAUCUGUAUCUGAAUUGUACAGUUUAUAACUGAUUAUUAGAAUUCGGUACAUUAAUGGAAAACGGUACAUUUAAACAUCCAAACAUGAUGGUAGUUCAACAGAUCAAGCCUGGAAUAAAUUUACUGUGUACAACUAAGAUUUGCAUUUUGACAUUAAUAUUAAACAUUUGUAUUUUGACUGUAUCUCUAUUUUUACUGAAUGAUAUCAAAAGGUAAUUUCCAGGGUAAUGUAAACUUCUUUCAGUUAGCACUCACUGAGUAUACAAGGAUAAUAUUGUUGCGUUGAAUGGCUGAAAAAGCACAUUGUCAUUACAGGUCACUCUCUUUAGCAUUCCAGACUGACCUACACAUUAAUGGAGAUCUGACACAGCUUGUUUUAACACAUUCACACGAUGCCCCUCCCUUUGCCAAACACUGCUUUCCACCAUGGUUUCCUAAGAUAACCAGAGCCAAUUAAAAUAUUCACUCCAACUCUAUAACAGUGAUAAUAGUUGACAGCCAUCAUAAAGGGUGAGUUAUUGUAUAUGCUUUUGCGGAAAUGCAUUUGUCAGACAAAUUUAAAAUUACAGAGGAACUUUCUGAUGCAUGAACUGCAGCUUGAACAUGAUGUAAAACUGGAAGUGCAUACUACAGUGUGAAAUAAAACAGUAUGUAGGCCUGA